AUGGCCACAAUUGCUCCUACUGUCAACUAUCAACAAGAUGUAUUGGAUGGAAACAUCCACAAGAGAAUCCCACUUGACAUCUAUACCUCCCAACUCGAGCCCAUCUACAACUCAAUUCCAAUUCAAUCUCAGCCAAUCACCGCGCCAUACUCCAUCACCCCCGUGAAUCCCAAAUUCGAUCCUUUAGUCCACUUGCAGUACUACGCCAAUGGAUCCCAAGGAAGAGACCAGUACAACCAAACACGCAGAUUAACAAUGGAACAAUUGGGCCUUGCUAACCCCCAAUUGCAAGUAUCGCCAAUUGGCGUUUCUGACCCAUUCCCAUUAUUUACCAAAGAGGCGAUUGAUAUUAUGCGUAGUGAAUUGUUGGCAAAGGAGAAUUUCAUGAAAUAUGCACGGUACAGUCAUUCCUCAACCAGUGGUAUGGAUUGUGUUGUUCGUGGGUAUGUCAAGGAUAAUGAUGGAGUCGUUAACUGCGAGUUUAUUCAUGACGCUUGGACACAUCCUGCCACGAUGGAGUUGAUUUCGAGAAUGGCUGGGGUAGAUUUGGAAAUUGUUUUUGACUUUGAAAUCGCCCAUGCUAACAUCUCAAUGAGGACUGAUGAGGAGGCCGAAGCCGAAGCCGAAGCCGAAGCUGCAAAGAGUAAACAGAACAAGGAGGCAGGCGAUAAUGUUGAUGCUAAUGCUUCAGUGUCAGCACCUGGCGAUGAUAUUCGAGCUGUUGUAGGUUGGCAUCAUGAUUCAUAUCCCUUUGUUUGUGUGCUCAUGCUCACUCCAGACAUGGUUGGAUGUGAAACAUCACUUCGCAUGGGUAAAACAGGUGAAUCUCAACAACAAAAGAUUGUUUCAGUUCCCGACCCCAAGCAAGGAUCAGCUUGCGUGUUGCAAGGCAGAUUGAUUGAGCACAUUGCUCCCUCACCAAAGGGUUUCAAUGAACGUAUCACCAUGGUUACAAGCUACCGUGCUCGCGAUCCAGCAUUGCCAGAUACUAGCGUCUUGGACACGGUCAAACCAGAAGUCAAUUUCGGGUCUCGAUACCACGAGUUUUAUCAACAAUGGGUGAACUAUCGUUGCGAUUUGGUCAAGCAAAGAUUGGAUUUGAUUAAGCUGGACGCUAUGGUUGAGAAUAGAGCUACUGGCAAGGCGGUGUUUGAUAAGGAGAAGACGAUUGAGAAGUUAAGAGACUUGGAGGCGUAUAUUAGAGCUACCUACGAGGAAAUGCUUUGCUGA